AUGUCGGAGGAGCAGCUCAGGGGACAAAGGACAGGAAGUAUUGAGACCUUGGGUGAUAUGAGCGCCCAUCCGGGACACAUGACGAGCCAUCCCAGCGCUCUUGACAGAGAUCACCUCGACAGCCCGACAGCAUUGGACCUCAACGGAUACGGAUCCGUGCAUCCAUCAUACGAACGCCAGAUGAGCGCGCACAUGAUGGGCGGUCCGCCACACGGGCCCUACGGUCACGGCCCCAAUCAGGGCAACAUGUCCAACUAUCCCGAUCUGCCGUAUGCUCUCCAGACACAGAGCCCGACCGGCUACUCGGCCAAUCCCGCCAAUGGCUUCCGCCUCGCAAACAGCCCCCUCAGUGCUUAUCCGAUGGGUGGAGAGGCCGCAUCCCCCGGUGGAUGGAUGAACAUGUCAUCUCCGCCGCCCCAGUUCGCUUCGCAUGUCCCGCAAAACGGCUACAACCACUCGCACCUCCGCUAUCCCGUGUUGGAACCCCUGAUUCCCCACCUCGGCAACAUCAUCCCCCUUCCUCUUGCAUGCGAUCUCAUUGACCUCUAUUUCGCAAGCUCAUCCUCAGCCCAAAUGCACCCAAUGUCCCCCUACGUUCUGGGAUUCGUCUUCCGAAAGCGGUCUUUCCUACACCAGAGCAAGCCCCGACAGUGCCAACCGGCGCUCCUGGCAAGCAUGCUGUGGGUUGCUGCACAGACAAGCGAUGCCCCCUUCCUGACCAGCGUCCCCUCGGCGCGUGGCAAAAUCUGCCAAAAGCUUCUAGAACUGACCGUCAGCCUCCUCAAGCCGCUAAUCCACACGCCCUCAGAAGAGGCGUCGCCCGUUUCGAGCCCCAUCGUGGAUGGCGUUGCUCUGGGCGGUCUUGGCGUCGCUCUCCCCGGGUCCAUCAGCAUGGAAGCCCUCACCAGCGAAUCCGGCGCUUUCGGCGCGGCCGGUACUCUUGACGACGUGAUCACCUAUAUUCACUUGGCGACGGUCGUGUCGGCUAGUGAGUACAAGGGAGCGAGUCUGCGAUGGUGGAACGCCGCAUGGUCGCUCGCCCGCGAGCUCAAGCUGGGCCGCGAACUGCCUCAGAACGCACCAGCCAGCCGCCAAGGCGGGUCGGCAGACAUCGACGACGAAAACAACGGCUCGGAGAUGGGCAUCCCCGGUGUCAUCACCGAGGAAGAACGGGAGGAGAGGCGGCGUAUUUGGUGGCUGGUCUACAUUGUUGACCGCCAUCUUGCGCUCUGCUACAAUCGCCCGCUGUUCCUACUCGACAUCGAAUGCGAGGGCCUCUUCCAACCCAUGGACGACACCGACUACCAGAACGGCAACUUCCACGCCUACACGGACCCGAAUGUCCUCGCCUCAGACCCUGAGGCGGGUCAAAACCGGGCGCGUGGGCCUUCGUUCGUGUGCACCGGACACAGCAUCUUCGGCUAUUUCCUGCCUCUGAUGACUAUUCUUGGCGAGAUAGUGGACCUCAAUCACGCGAGGAACCACCCCCGCUUCGGCGUUGGGUUCCGCUCUUCUCGUGAGUGGGAUGACCAGACGUCCGAAAUCACCCUGCCACUUGGACAUGCCGCCGACGAGAAGGCUGCCGAGGCAGCGGGCGUUCCGACAGCAAACGACCUACCCGGCACACCGUCAGGGCACAGCGUCCACAGCGCGCACACCAGCUCGAGCCGUAUGACCGAGAGCGACAUCCAGACGCGCAUCGUUAUGGCGUACGGCACGCACGUCAUGCACGUGCUGCACAUCCUCCUCACGGGCAAAUGGGACCCCAUCAAUCUCCUCGACGACAACGACCUCUGGAUCAGCAGCCAGGGCUUCAUCACAGCGACGGGCCACGCCGUCAGUGCCGCCGAGGCCAUCAGCAACAUCCUCGAGUAUGACCCGGGCCUCGAGUUCAUGCCCUUCUUCUUCGGCAUCUACCUGCUCCAGGGCUCGUUCCUGCUGCUCCUCAUCGCCGACAAGCUGCAGCUCGAGGCCUCGCCCAGCGUGGUCAAGGCCUGCGAGACCAUCAUCCGCGCUCACGAGGGCCGUAACUUUAGUAGAGUCAUGCGCAGCGCUCUCGCACAAGUGCGGGGCCGCGUCCCUGAGGACCUCGGCGAGCAGCACCAGCGCCGGAGGGAGCUCCUGGCGCUGUACCGGUGGACGGGCGAUGGAACUGGCCUGGCACUUUGA